AGGCAACCUCAGCUCAGACCCAUCUGUUAGGUAGACCCUUGCACUACUGUGCAAUAGUACCUCGGACUAGCGGAAUCUGCGUUGCAUUUUCGGAGCCAUGGCAUGCGUGGCGUGGGGGGCAAUCCACCCCCCUCAUUCCCUUUCGCCCCUCCCCAAACCCAUUUUUUCCAACAAAGUGGCUGCGUUAGAAGGCAUGAUCUCCGCGAAUGCCGCCUCUGCCUGCUGCUCAGGAACUCCUUAUCCGCUGCCCUCCUGUCGUGCUCCGCAAUUCGGGACGUUUGAAAGCCUCCCCUCCUAUAUUGCUCCGCCAAGCGCCUCGUUUAAAGUAGCUCCUGCCUGCUUCCCUUUGCGAGCUCUCUUCUCCUGCUACUACAGCUCAGCCCCCGAGCUGCGAUCACCCAGGGUAGCACUGGCUGCGUUUUCCGUGGUGCUCAGAUUCUCUUUACUCGGCAUUUCUGGUCCAAUCAAUAGCGACUAUUGACGCGCGAGUGCGAAUAUUUAAUACGGAUACCUUCCUGCUCCUGGAUCCAAGUGGCGUUUUCAGGAACCAUUAUGGCCGUCCGUGAAAAUCUCCCUGAGAAAUUAAGAAGGUUCCUCAGAAGAAUGUUCUGCAUCAAAGACCCUGGAGAAAUACCUUUAAAGCCCGCACUGGCACCGGAACCCGCACCCGCGCCCGCACCCGAACCCGAACUUGAAACCGCACCCGCACCCACCGGGGGCCUGGCUGCUGCAGAAGCAACAGACCAAUCGCCGUUCAGCAAGCCAGCGAGGGAGACUGUAGUGCUGCCAGCCGUGGCAGGGCAGCAUGCAGCCACCAUAGUGUGGCUGCAUGGGCUGGGCGACACUGGCUACGGGGUCUCCCGGUGGCUGGCUGCCAUGGCGGAUCCUGAAAACGGGGAAUCCCAACCAAGCAUCCCAUUUCUCGACCUCCCACAUAUCAAGUGGAUCUUCCCCAGCGCGCCUGUAGCACCUGUCACCAUCAACCGUGGCCGUCGCGCCCCCUCAUGGUACGACGUCUUUGGGUUCAACGCUGGUGCUCCUGUCGACGCCAAGGGCAUUGAUGCGGCUGCGAGAUAUGUGGCUGGGAUCCUGGAGGAGGAGAAGAAGGCGAAUCCGGACGUCACUUAUGCAGUCGGGGGAAUCAGCCAGGGGGGCGCUCUCUCCAUCUACCUCAUGUGCCGGAAGAUGAUGGGAAGGUUCGAGGAUGGUUCCGACGCCUCCUCUGUUCCCCUAUCCGCCUCUGUUGCCUUUAGCACCUGGCUGCCCAAGUGCAGUCUGACGCCAGGCCCAGGAGGCCGUGCUGCAGGGGCGGAGGCAUCAGUGGCAGAGAGAGCAGCGAACCAUCCGCUGCUCAUGACGCAUGGGGAAGUUGAUGUGUUGGUGGGCUACGACUGGGGAAGGGACGGUGUGAGGGAGUUGCAAGAAGCGGGUUUCUCCAAUCUGACGUUCCACUCUUAUCCCGAGCUGGGCCACGCCAUGUGCCCCCAGGAGAUGGCUGUUCUCAGAGCAUGGCUGCAGACACACCUCCCACCACCCGCUUGAGAAAGCAACUCCUCCCGGCUGCCCUUGGCUGGCGCCCCUCGCACGUGUUUCAAGCAUCAUGCUUCUCUACGCGUGCAUAAAGCCUGGUUGCAGCACCACCUCCCCCCACCUGCUUGAGAAACCACUCCUCCCUGCUGCACACCGCUGCACUCCGUUCCGUGUCGCGGUCGUCGUGAACCGUAUGUGCUGGACGCGAUGGUGCUGCAGAAGCACCUCAUCGCGUUGUGGUAGUUGAUUUUGGAGAAUUAUAAAAAAACACUGCACGCCGCUCCGUGCCGUGGGCGUCGCGCACCGUAUGUGUUGGAAGUGAGGGUGCUGCUGCAGAACAGAAGCACAUCUGAUAUCUCAUGAUAUCGUCGUCCCCCGAAUCUCCAGCCUGCUGCGCCAAUCUCUGAGGUCUCAAGUUCCGCACCUGGAUUUUAUACAUCUUGUGCACUUUUUUCUCCUAGUUUUUCCCUUGAUAUUUAUACGAACUAUGAUCAUGCUUCCAUUCAGUGUAUUUAUGGCUUCCGCGGUGUACGGCAUGCACAUAU